GCCGCCUCCCCUCCCCCCCCGUUCUCCUCAGCGGGGCCCGUUGGGAAGGCGGCCGGUCUUCCGGCGGGGGCUUCUGGGCUCCCUCGCUGUGGGGAGCGGCCGCAGGCGGGAAGGAAGGAAGGAAGGAAGGAGGCGUGACCAUGAGGCGGGGCUGCUGCCGCCGGCGUCGCCGCGGGCCGCGGUAGCCCAGCCGAAGCCUGUAGCCCGAGCGGCGGUCGGUCGCUGCGGGCCGCCACCAUGGGCAACACCCUCACCUGCUGCGUCUCCCCCGGCGCCAGCCCCAAGCUUGGACGGGCCCGCGGGGCGGCGGCCAGAGGCGGCGGGGUCGGGAUGGGGGCCGGAGGAGUGCAACACAUCAGCGACCGCGAGUUCCCGGAUGAUUUAGCAUUGGAGUCGAAUCCAUCUGACCAUCCUCGGGCAAGCACAAUUUUCUUGAGCAAAUCCCAAACAGAUGUGAGAGAAAAGAGGAAAAGUAACCACAUCAACCACGUUUCCCCAGGGCAGCUUACAAAAAAGUAUAGUUCAUGUUCAACAAUAUUUAUAGACGACAGCACAGUCAGCCAGCCUAAUCUUAGGAGCACAAUAAAAUGUGUGACAUUAGCAAUAUACUAUCACAUAAAGAACAGGGAUUCGGACAGAUCACUGGAUAUUUUUGAUGAGAAAUCUCACCCGCUCACGCGGGAAGAGGUUCCGGACGACUACUUCAAGCACGAUCCCGAUCACAAGCACAUCUACCGCUUUGUACGUACACUCUUUAGUGCGGCGCAGCUGACUGCCGAAUGUGCAAUAGUGACGCUGGUUUACUUGGAAAGGCUCUUAACCUAUGCUGAGAUUGACAUCUGUCCAAGUAACUGGAAGAGAAUAGUUCUAGGUGCUAUACUGCUGGCUUCUAAGGUGUGGGAUGACCAGGCUGUGUGGAAUGUGGAUUACUGCCAAAUACUGAAGGAUAUUACAGUGGAAGACAUGAACGAGAUGGAAAGACACUUCUUGGAGCUCCUCCAGUUCAAUAUCAACGUUCCUGCCAGUGUUUACGCCAAAUACUACUUUGACCUUCGCUCCUUAGCAGAUGACAACCACCUGAGCUUUCUGCUAGAGCCCCUCAGCAAGGAACGGGCACAGAAGCUGGAGGCGAUCUCCCGGCUGUGCGAGGACAAAUACAAAGACUUGUCUAAAGCUGCUAUGAGGCGAUCUUUCAGCGCUGAUAACUUAGUCGGUAUUCGCCGUUCUAACGCCAUCCUCUCCUGAGCGAGACGGGGAACGCUGUGACGAGCCGGCGUGUUCCUCCGGACUGGGAAUACCGCAGCCGCCGUCAGCCCACAAGCCAGCUGCGACGGUGUCUUCCGGCCAGAGGGGCCAGGGGUGAGCAAACGCAGCCCGGGAAGCCCCAGAGCCAGAGGACCGUGGGGGGGGGGGGGGAGGAGACGGGACCUCCUCAAACCGGCACACCCCUUUGAAAAUCCAGAGGUGCAGAACCUUUUUGAAGAUCCUUUUUCUCUGUGUUCUCUCCUCCUCCUCCGACACACAGAUGUUUGCUUACUGUGUAGGCUCAUAGCUGUGAACUACGUGAAGUUGGGUUUUUUAAAAAAAAUAAUGACUAGUUUUAAAUUUUAGGGUUUUGAACAUUAACACGACUCUCUAGUCGCAAAGCUCUUCCCCUUCAGUCAUCCAGGACCUCACCGCUCCAGCCGCCUUUCGGGGACGGGGGCAGCGUGGACGGCCGGGACUCUUUAGGACACAGUCUGGAGCCAGUCUGGAGCUGAUAAUGGUGGCACUGGGGACGGCGGAAGGCUCUCUCCUCUCGUCUGCUGCCACGUAUCUGCUAUGCCAGUUUUUUAAGACCCAAGGGCUGCUGAGUAGGAGGUGGUGUUCCCGGGGUGAACCACGAUCUCCCGGCUGGAGAUUGUCAAGGGAUUUGGAAGUGUUUGGGGGCAGGAGCAAAGGAAUGGUGUUCAGGUGGUUUGCUAGCAUGGGGGGGAGGGGGGGAAGAACAACCAGUGGGUCAGGGUCCAUUUCUUGUCAGCUAUGGUGCUUCUCGUGUUCUCCUACCUGCACUCGAGCCCCGGGAGAGACACGAUCCACCGCACACUACUUUGCCUGAAACGCUGAACUAGGUUUCUGUCGAAUGCUUAGUCCAAAUGUACUGACUUGGCCACGAACAGACAAUUAAGGCUGCGCUGCUAAAAUUUUCACUACAAUAAACUGGUAUUGGGGGGGGGGGCAGGCCUGCUUGGAUUCCCUACCCCUCCAAAGGUUUUCACAAGGCCUUAAAUUGGAAACUGUGUCGAGGGUUCUUGACUUGGGGGGGGGGGAGAAUACGGUGAUCUUCAAUUUAUAUAAUUGCUUUUAAAACACUCAAAAGUAAUUCAAUGCCACUUGCUCUGGAAGCCAACUUGUAAAGCUGGCCUUCCUUCUAGAUCAAGUUUACUGGUUCAGAACGGCAAUUUACAAUACGUUAAAAAAACAACUUCCUAUGCCUAAAACUGGGCAGCACUUUGCCUCUGGGUCAGAGCACUCCAGCCUCAUGUCCUUUUGAAGACCUCCCCCCGUCCGUUGGGUGUCGCUCCGACUCUUGUACAGCCCCCUCUUUCAGUCCGGUGCCUUCACGUUCCACGGCAGGUGUUCUCCGGCACUCGGACUGUUGGUCUCAUGCAGUAUUUUCCUCGACCGGCUCCAGGCGGGCAGUUUACGGUCUGCGACUUCAGGUAUUGAUCACAAAUUUAAAUUUUGAAACA